CAUCCAGUGUUAGCUCGGGUGAAAAAACAGGCUGGUGUACGGCGCAAACGGCCUCUUGUAACAAUUAUUGCUUGGAUAACGGAACCACCGGUGCAACUACUAACACAUGUGAUCCCGACAAGCUCACUUAUUCAUGUGUUUGUGCCGGCGGCAAAUUGUACUCAAAAAUGUGGUGCUGCAAAUCAAGCUUGUGUUGAUUCUUGUUCAGGACAUUGUGCCGCUACCAUUAUAAAAACAUAUACAUAUAAGUUAGCUA